GCGGCCUGGGCGCUGAGCCGAGCGCCGGGAGAGCAGCGCAGAAGCCGAGCCGCGAGGAGCGCACUCCGUGGCCCCGAUGGAGCGGUACAAAGCACAGGGGUGUUGCUGUCUGGUGGUACAGAGAAGGAUCCGGCAGGUUUCUGCGUCCCUGGAACAGCUGCUGACAGAGUUGGAUGACUUCCUCAAGAUUCUUGACCAGGAGAACCUGAGCAGCACAGCACUGGUGAAGAAGAGCUGCCUGGCAGAGCUCCUCCGGCUUUACACCAAAAGCAGCAGCUCUGAUGAGGAGUACAUUUAUAUGAACAAAGUGACCAUCAACAAGCAACAGAAUGCAGAGUCUCAAGGCAAAGCGCCUGAGGAGCAGGGCCUGCUGCCCAAUGGGGAGCCCAGCCAGCACUCCUCGGCCCCUCAGAAGAGCCUUCCAGACCUCCCGCCACCCAAGAUGAUUCCAGAACGGAAACAGCUUGCCAUCCCAAAGACGGAGUCUCCAGAGGGCUACUAUGAAGAGGCUGAGCCAUAUGACACAUCCCUCAAUGGUCACUCUGGCGGAUUUCUCCCCACUGGAGUCCCCAGAUGGGUGCAGGUGCCCGAAGGAGUCAUUUAUGCCACGAUCACCUUGGAGGACGGAGAGGCUGUGAGCAGCUCCUACGAGUCCUACGAUGAAGAGGACGGCAGCAAGGGCAAGUCGGCUCCUUACCAGUGGCCCUCGCCGGAGGCCGGCAUCGAGCUGAUGCGUGACGCCCGCAUCUGCGCCUUCCUGUGGCGGAAGAAGUGGCUGGGACAGUGGGCCAAGCAGCUCUGUGUCAUCAAGGACAACAGGCUUAUGUGCUACAAAUCCUCCAAGGACCACAGCCCUCAGCUGGACGUGAACCUACUGGGCAGCAGCGUCAUUCACAAGGAGAAGCAAGUGCGGAAGAAGGAGCACAAGCUGAAGAUCACGCCGAUGAAUGCCGACGUGAUUGUGCUGGGCCUGCAGAGCAAGGACCAGGCUGAGCAGUGGCUCAGGGUCAUCCAGGAAGUGAGCGGCCUGCCUUCCGAAGGAGCAUCUGAAGGAAACCAGUACACCCCGGAUGCCCAGCGCUUUAACUGCCAGAAACCAGAUAUAGCUGAGAAGUACCUGUCAGCUUCAGAGUAUGGGAGCUCCGUGGAUGGCCACUCUGAGGUCCCAGAAACCAAAGACGUCAAGAAGAAAUGUUCUGCUGGCCUCAAACUGAGCAACCUAAUGAAUCUGGGCAGGAAGAAAUCCACCUCACUGGAGCCUGUGGAGAGGUCCCUCGAGACAUCCAGGUAUAGCAGGGACCGUGCUAAAAGGGGACCAAGCAGAAGGAUGGCAGGCACAGUACUGAGAGCUCACAGCCUGCCUGAGGGAGGUUACCUGAACGUGCUGGUGAACAGCCAGUGGAAGUCUCGCUGGUGCUCUGUCAGGGACAAUCACCUGCACUUCUACCAGGACCGGAACCGGAGCAAGGUGGCCCAGCAACCCCUCAGCCUGGUGGGCUGCGAGGUGGUCCCAGACCCCAGCCCCGACCACCUCUACUCCUUCCGCAUCCUCCACAAGGGCGAGGAGCUGGCCAAGCUUGAGGCCAAGUCUUCCGAGGAAAUGGGCCACUGGCUGGGUCUCCUGCUCUCUGAGUCAGGCUCCAAGACAGACCCAGAAGAGUUCACCUACGACUAUGUGGAUGCCGAUAGGGUCUCCUGUAUUGUGAGUGCGGCCAAAAACUCUCUCUUACUGAUGCAGAGAAAGUUCUCAGAGCCCAACACUUACAUCGAUGGCCUGCCUAGCCAGGACCGCCAGGAGGAGCUGUAUGAUGACGUGGAACUGUCAGAGCUCACAGCUGCGGUGGAGCCUACCGAGGAAGCCACCCCUGUUGCAGAUGACCCAAAUGAGAGAGAAUCUGACCGAGUGUACCUGGACCUCACACCUGUCAAGUCCUUUCUGCACGGCCCCAGCAGUGCACAGGCCCAGGCCUCCUCCCCGACAUUGUCCUGCCUGGACAAUGCAACUGAGGCCCUCCCUGCAGACCCAGGCCCAGGUCCCACCCCAGAUGAGCCCUGCAUAAAGUGUCCAGAGAACCUGGGAGAACAGCAGCUGGAGAGUUUGGAGCCAGAGGAUCCUUCCCUGAGAAUCACCACCGUCAAAAUCCAGACGGAACAGCAGAGAAUCUCCUUCCCACCGAGCUGCCCGGAUGCCGUGGUGGCCACCCCACCUGGUGCCAGCCCACCUGUGAAGGACAGGUUGCGCGUGACCAGUGCAGAGAUCAAGCUUGGCAAGAAUCGGACAGAAGCUGAGGUGAAGCGGUACACAGAGGAGAAGGAGAGGCUUGAAAAGAAGAAGGAAGAAAUCCGGGGGCACCUGGCUCAGCUCCGGAAAGAGAAACGGGAGCUAAAGGAAACCCUACUGAAAUGCACAGACAAGGAAGUCCUGGCAAGCCUGGAGCAGAAGCUGAAGGAAAUUGAUGAGGAGUGCCGGGGCGAGGAGAGCAGGCGCGUGGACCUGGAGCUCAGCAUCAUGGAGGUGAAGGACAACCUGAAGAAGGCUGAGGCAGGGCCUGUGACGUUAGGCACCACCGUGGACACCACCCACCUGGAGAACGUGAGCCCCCGCCCCAAAGCUGUCACACCUGCCUCUGCCCCAGACUGUACCCCAGUCAACUCUGCAACCACACUCAAGAACAGGCCUCUCUCGGUCAUGGUCACAGGCAAAGGCACUGUACUCCAGAAAGCCAAGGAAUGGGAGAAGAAAGGAGCAAGUUAGAAAACAAGCUUCAUCUAAAGACUCUCAUGUCAAGGUGGACCUUGGUGACAAUCCUGCUUUGUUAAAGCAAAAACUAUGUGAAAGGGUGAGUCUGUUUAGAAGAAAAAGCAAAGACUGAGGUACUGUGAAUGGAGAGCUUCAGCUAAGAGGACGCUCUGUCCCUUUUCAGAGCCAAAGGAAAUAAUACAACAAAAAGGAGGCUUCUUUGGAGACCUAAGUCUAUUGGAUGUAAACAAGACGUUGUAUUUCGGGAUGUUCUGUGUUUCUUUCUUUUUUGAAGUUGUCAUCAAUUGCUUUACUAAGAUUUUUAAAUAGUGAAAACCUCGUGUUUAGACUUUGGUGGAAGAUGAAUCAAGGAAGCAGGGCCCUGUCUUAUGGGUCACGUGGCUUUGGUGAGUGAGAAGACCUAAACUCCUGGCCAUCAUCUCUUAUCCAAUACUUAGCAGUUGGGGAUUAAACCAUCCUUGCCUUCAGUUCUCUCCAAUAUUACCAGGCCCAACUCAGUCUUCAGUGAUUUUAAACAGCAUUGACAUCAUCUGUAAAACCAUCUAUAACAUGAGUUUUGAGAAACAAUAACAGGGGAAAAUAUUUGGGACCAAGCUGAAGCACUGAUCCCACUAAGUUAAAGACUUCUUUCCAGUCCAAGGCAGGCCUGAAUCAACUGUCUUUAAAUAAAAUUUUAAGUGAUGCUGUAUUAUAUAUAGGAAAAAAUGCUUAAAAUCCUGUCAUUUAGAACAGUGAAAAGUAUCUUUUGAGAUUAAAGUGACUCUUUACUGUAGGAAAAAAAAUUACUCUGUGUUUACAGAUUCAUUGCUGUGAUCAGGCCAUUUUUAAGGGAAGAGUUAUUUAAUAUAAAUAGUCCCUGAUUUUAAGUUCUGUUUAAUGUUCAUUCUCCUUCCAAGAACAAAGUGGUGAUUUUUGGUUAGGGUGAUCGCCCUCUUAAAAUUGGCAGUGCUGUUCCUUGUGCUGCCCCUGUCUUUUCCUCUGAUGGCAUUUUUUUUUUUUUUUAACACAGGUUGAAACAUUUCAUCUAUUAUCUCUGCCUCAUUUCUGGAGGGUUGUGUAUCAGUUCUCUAACACUUGUUCCUGAGAACUAAAUGUCUUUUUUAUUCUUAUUUCCUCUCUCAUAAACAUUUGGUGACCUUUUACCAAGUGGUGAGUUAGGUUUUUUAAAAUAAAAUGUUCAUUGUAUUUGAA